AGAACCAUUCUUGUCCUGCACCUGGCCUUCGACGACACUCUACUCGUCCCUCCCUUCUGUUCUCCUUUCGAUCUACAUUUUUGACUCCUCCACAAAGCGGCUUACACGUUCGGUUUCAAGAUGUCUGCCCAAAACUCCGCAGGCAUUCAAACGCUGCUUGAUGCUGAGAAAGAGGCGCAAAAGAUUGUCCAGAAAGCCAGAGAAUACCGGACAAAGAGAGUAAAGGACGCCAAAUCAGAAGCCCAGAAAGAAAUCGAGGAGUACCGAAAGAAGAAGGAAGAAGAGUUCAAGAAGUUUGAAUCAGAGCAAGGCAGUGGCAACAAAAAAGCCGAAGACGAUGCCAACAAGGAUGCAGAAGCCAAGGUCAAGGAGAUCGAAGAGGCCGGCGACAAAUCAGGAAGUAAAGUGGUGGAUGAUCUGAUUAAGGCUGUCACUUCACCGCAUCCUGAAGUGCCCGAGAAGAUAUCGAGGGACGACUGAUGUGCUCGACUUCAUUUGUAUUGUUGCUAUGGUUAUGAAAGAGGUGCGAGCUGGUAUGUCGACGGGACAAUGGACACCAGAUGGCGCAAUUAUUGUCAAGGUCGAUUCAAUGAACAUAGAAUCAAAAGGGAGGCAAUCCAUUGUGUGAUC